UUAGUUUUCCAAUUUUUCAAUUCAUCUUCAACACGUUACAUAACAUUAUUAUUUUACUCAAAUUAAUAUAACACAUGAAUUUAUUUGUUAUUAAUAUACUCUACCGAAACUUAUAAACAAUGUCGUCCACCCUUAUUAUAAUACGUGAAAAAGUAUCACGUUGUUUAUGUUUCCGAUACCAUAAAAGUUUCCCAAACUAGCUGUUGAUUUUAAGUGAGCAUGUAUUGUAUUUGUCCAAACUAGGAAAUGGUAUUCCACGUAUUGUGUGGAUCACGGCUUUAUAGGAUUAGAAUCAGAAUUUGACUUUUCUAUUUGUAUUUGUAAAUAUACAGGCCAUAUUAUUCCUCCAUAUAUUCUUCCAUAUAUCAAUCCAGGAACUACCUAGCUCUUUCUUAAUUGUGUUAAUGGCAGCUGAAGAAACUGAAAACCCAGAGGAUGGCAAUGGCAUUGAACAUGUAGCAGCCAUUUUCGGGGUCACCGGGCUAGUUGGGAAGGUGCUGGCCAGAGAGCUGGUCACAAAACCCAAAUGGAAGGUUUACGGCAUAGCUCGUAAUCCGGAGAUCAUGCCGCCUAUUGAUCAACGUUCUUCAAACUUCUAUUUCAUCCAAUGUGAUCUGCUAAACCGUUCGGAAACCGAAGAACGGCUCUCACUGUUGCAAGAUGUUACUCAUGUGUUUUGGCUCACCUGGGCAAGCCAAUACCAGUUGGAUAGCGUUGAGUGUUGUGAGCAGAAUAAGGCCAUGAUGUCGAAUGCAUUGGAUGCCAUUGUUCCGAAAGCCAAGGCAUUGAAGCAUGUUUCUCUCCAGACAGGGAUGAAGCAUUACGUGUCGUUGCAAGGGCCUUUCGAUGAUGAAGCAGAAGCUCGGUACUACGAUGAAGAUUGCCCGAGAGUGGAUAAAGGGUGCAACUUUUACUAUGUCCUAGAAGACUUGCUAAAGGAGAGGCUGGUUGGUAAGGUAGCUUGGUCGGUACACAGGCCUGGUUUGUUAAUUGGUAGUUCUCGUAGGACUGUGUACAAUUUUAUGGGGAGUUUAUGUGUUUACGGAACCAUUUGUAAGCAUUUGAAUCUGCCUUUUGUGUUUGGAGGGACAAAAAGGUGUUGGGAAAAGACUUGUAUCGAUGGCUCGGAUGCAAGGCUAGUAGCUCAACAGCACAUUUGGGCAGCAACCGAUGUUGAUUUAUACUCGCAUUCCACUGAUGGUCAGUCAUACAAUGCAAUCAAUGGGCCAAGUUUUACAUGGAAGGAGAUCUGGACGGCUCUUGGAGAGAAAUUCGGAGUAGUAGUACACGAAAGUGCAUUUUCGGAUGAUUUCUGGUAUUCGAAAUCCAUGUCUGACAAGAAAGAGGUUUGGAAAGAAAUUGUAGCAGAGAAAGGACUGAUUCAAACUGAGAUGGAAAAUUUGGCCAAUUGGGAAUUCUUGGACCUCUUGUUUCGUUGUCCGUUUAAGCUACUGGGAACCCGAAACAAAGUUGAUCGACUAGGUUUUGCUGUGAGGUAUAAGACACUGGAUUCAAUCUUGUACUGGAUAGAUUGUAUGAGAGAUGAAAAGUUAAUACCUUAAAGCAUAUGAACUUUUCACUUUUGGUUAAAUUUGUUCCAGUAAUUUGUGGAGAAUGUGGAGCUCCAUAAACUCCUCCUGUACAUGUUUUUGUUGACUACAUUAUUUCUUGUUCCUUAAUUUAUGAUCAUACAGGGUGUUUUUGUCUCCUCCUAUUUUUACUCAUCUUGUCCCCAGCCUCACUUUAACAGCAAAGGGAGGGGGCAGCCUGCACUGCCUUUUUCAAAUUUUUUAAUUAUCCAACUGAUGGCGAGGGAGCGGAAAUUGAACCUAUGGUCUCAAGGGUAUAUGUGUUAACCGCUUGAACUACAAGCUCUACGUACAUGCUUCCUAAGUUUCAUAUUCAACACACGUCCUAUUCGUGUGCUGGAUUUCACAUGGUUAGCAUCUGCUUCUAUAAAUUUGUAU